CCAUGGGGUACAGUCAGGGAGGCGGCAAAAAGAAAGUCUGCUACUACUACGAUGGUGAUAUUGGAAAUUAUUACUAUGGGCAAGGCCAUCCUAUGAAACCUCAUAGAAUCCGCAUGACCCAUAACUUGCUGCUAAAUUAUGGCUUAUAUAGAAAAAUGGAAAUAUAUAGGCCCCAUAAAGCCACUGCUGAAGAAAUGACAAAGUACCACAGUGAUGAGUACAUAAAAUUUCUACGUUCAAUAAGACCAGAUAACAUGUCUGAGUAUAGUAAGCAGAUGCAGAGAUUUAAUGUUGGAGAAGAUUGUCCAGUGUUUGAAGGACUCUUUGAGUUUUGUCAGCUCUCAAUUGGUGGCUCAGUUGCUGGGGCUGUGAAGUUAAACCGACAACAAACUGAUAUGGCUGUUAAUUGGGCAGGAGGAUUACAUCAUGCUAAGAAAUCAGAAGUAUCAGGAUUCUGUUAUGUUAAUGAUAUUGUGCUUGCCAUCCUUGAAUUACUAAAGUAUCAUCAGAGAGUCUUAUAUAUUGAUAAUGAUAUCCAUCACGGUGAUGGUGCUGAAGAAGCUUUUUAUAUGAUAGAUUGUGUAAUGACUGUAUCAUUCCAUAAAUAUGGGGAAUACUUUCCUGGAACAGGAAACUUGAGAGAUAUUGGUGCAGGAAAAGGCAAAUACUAUGCUGUCAAUUUUCCAAUGAGAGAUGGUAUAGAUGAUGAAUCAUAUGGACAGAUAUUUAAGCCUAUUAUCUCCAAAGUGAUAGAGAUGUAUCAACUGAGUGCUGUGGUGUUACAGUGUGGUGCAGACUCACUAUCUGGUGGUAGACUUAGUUGCUUCAAUCUGACAGUCAAAGGUCAUGCUAAAUGUGUAGAAGUUGUAAAAACUUUCAAUUUACCAUUGCUGAUGCUUGGAGGAGGUGGACACACAAUCCGUAAUGUUGCUCGCUGUUGGACAUAUGAGACUGCAGUUGCCCUUGAUUGUGAGAUUCCCAAUGAAUUGUCAUAUAAUGAUUACUUUGAGUAUUUUGGACCAGACUUCAAACUGCAUAUUAGUCCUUCAAAUAUGACAAACCAGAACACUCCAGAAUAUAUGGAAAAGAUAAAACAGCGUUUAUUUGAAAAUUUAUGCAUGUUACCUCAGGCACCUGGCGUCCAAAGGCAAGCGAUUCCAGAAGAUGCUGUCCAUGAAGACAGUGGAGAUGAAGACGGAGAAGAUCCCGACAAGAGAAUUUCUAUUCGAGCAUCAGAUAAACAGAUAGCUUGUGAUGAAGAAUUCUCAGAUUCAGAGGAUGAAGGAGAAGGAGGUCGUAGAAAUGUGGCUGAUCAUAAGACAGGAGCAAAGAAAGCUAGAAUUGAAGAAGACAAGAAGGAAACAGAAGACAAAAGAGCUGAUGUUAAGGAAGAAGAUAAAUCCAAGGAUAAUAGUGGUGAAAAAACAGAUACCAAAGGAGCCAAAUCAGAACAGCUCAGCAACCCUUGAAUUUAAAAGUCUCUCCAUUUUCAGAAGACAAAAAAUAAAAAAAGAGAAAAUAUUGGGAAGAAAAAUGUUUUCUGUUUGAAGACUUCUGGCUUCGUUUUAUACUACUUUGGCAUGGACUGUAUUUAUUUUCAAAAUGGCUUUUUUGUUUUUGUUUUUGCUCUGGCAAGUUUUAG